AUGGAAGAGAAGCUGGGUAAAGAACAAUUACAUGACCUUAAUAAUUUACAAAAAUUAGGAUAUUGUCAUAAGGAUUUUCAUAGUGGAAAUAUAUUGCAAGAUAAAACUUAUUCUUUUGUUUCAGAUUUUGGAUUAACAGGACCAGCAGAUAAGCAAAAUUCGAAUGACAAAAUAUAUGGA